CAGCGGCAGCACAGGCUCGGUCCGUCAGGCCGCGCGGCUCGGGGUCCGCCCGGGGCUGCGGCGAGAGCGGGCGCCCGGCUCCCUCCCCCGCCCGCCGCCGCUGUGAUUGGGUGGAAGAUGGCGCUGGGCGGAUGGAAAUCCUAAUGACAGUCUCCAAAUUCGCCUCCAUCUGUACCAUGGGCGCCAAUGCCUCGGCAUUAGAGAAAGAGAUUGGUCCAGAGCAGUUUCCAGUCAAUGAGCACUAUUUUGGAUUAGUCAACUUUGGGAAUACCUGCUACUGCAAUUCAGUUCUUCAGGCACUUUAUUUUUGUCGUCCAUUUCGGGAAAAAGUUCUAGCAUACAAGAGUCAACCUAGGAAGAAGGAGAACCUUCUUACAUGCUUAGCAGACCUCUUCCAUAGCAUAGCCACUCAGAAGAAAAAGGUUGGUGUAAUACCUCCUAAGAAGUUCAUAACAAGAUUACGGAAAGAAAAUGAGCUUUUUGACAACUACAUGCAGCAAGAUGCCCAUGAAUUCUUAAAUUACCUAUUAAAUACAAUUGCUGAUAUUUUACAAGAAGAAAGAAAGCAGGAAAAACAAAAUGGCCGCUUACCUAAUGGUAACAUCGACAGUGAAAACAAUAACAGCACACCAGACCCAACGUGGGUUCACGAGAUUUUUCAGGGAACAUUAACUAAUGAAACCAGAUGUCUUACUUGUGAAACUAUAAGCAGCAAAGAUGAAGAUUUUUUAGACCUUUCUGUUGACGUGGAACAAAACACAUCAAUUACUCACUGCUUAAGGGGUUUUAGCAACACAGAAACUCUAUGCAGUGAGUACAAAUACUACUGUGAAGAGUGUCGCAGCAAACAGGAAGCACACAAACGGAUGAAAGUUAAAAAGCUGCCCAUGAUUCUAGCUCUGCAUCUGAAGAGAUUUAAAUACAUGGAUCAACUUCAUCGAUACACAAAACUUUCUUACCGGGUAGUUUUUCCGUUAGAACUUCGUCUGUUUAAUACUUCAGGAGAUGCAACCAACCCUGACAGAAUGUAUGACCUGGUUGCUGUCGUGGUUCACUGUGGAAGUGGUCCCAAUCGAGGCCAUUAUAUUGCAAUAGUUAAGAGUCAUGAUUUUUGGUUGUUGUUUGAUGACGACAUUGUAGAAAAAAUAGAUGCACAAGCUAUUGAAGAAUUCUACGGGUUGACAUCAGAUAUCUCAAAGAACUCUGAGUCCGGUUACAUCCUCUUCUAUCAGUCUCGGGACUGAAUGGGAACUGUGGUGAAGAGAGACUUUCUGCCUCAUUUCUUCUCUGGUUAUUUUAGAAAGGAUCAAGCACUGAUUUUUCAAGAAAAGAGAAAUGCAGGAAGCUCAGGGGGCAGCAGCACACUUUGCACACAAUAAAGCAAAGACUCUGGAUGAACAAGCCCUUCCUAUCAUGGUAGUUGAUUUAUUUGCUCAGGUAUCAUGCUGUCUGUGCAGUUCAUACAACCAGUGAGUGCAAACAGAGAUACCAGCUCCUCUCGUCAAACAGCCUUCCAGUCAUUUGGCAUGCAUUUUCUCUCUGUCACUUGCACCAGUAAUUAUUUGAGCUCCUUGGGGUGCAACAGAAGGAAUAGGAAUCCGUUGGAGGUUGUAUUGAUUAUGUAAGAAGAUGAUAAUGAAUACACUGUAUCAGUUUGCCUGUGUUCAGUGUGUAUAGAAAGCAUGUUCAGUGGUUUUCUUCAAGCAUAAACCAGAAAUACUUUUGGGCCCAACACUUGCAGUUGCCUUCCUGAUGUAAUAAACUAACAGAUACUAGAAUCCAGUGUCAGGAAGACAAAUAUGUUUUGCUUCUCUGAAGAAGCUUAUAAUAAUAUACAGUAUAUGUAUAUGUAGGGAACAAUUGGUCGAAAAUGGCUUUUUGUUUCCCCAAGGGGAAAGACUGGCUUUGUAAUUAUAAUUUUUUUCUUAUUUAUUUUACUUAAAACUGGUAGAGUCUAAGUAUUGUAUGAAGUGCCCAUGAUUCUGUCAGUAAAUUUGAGCAUAUUUUUAUUAGUUUUUGUCAGUUUAAUUUGUCCUUUUGUUAGUUUCUAUUUUUAAGGUGAAUUUUAAAUUCUAUUUGAAAUCAGUAAUAUACCUGAAGAAAAAUUUCAGUGAGAGGGGAUAAAUAUUCUUUAUCAGAAGGAACUGAUAUCUCUGGCUAAAUUUAUUUGUCCUUUUGUUAUAGUUCCUAAGUCAAUUAUUUUAUUCAGCUUUAAUUUUAGUAAAAUGAUAAUAAUAAAAAAAAAAAACCUAUCACAAUCCCC